AUGGAGGCUCGCCGCCCCACCACCGCGCUGGCCGGCCGGGCCCCAGCAGAGGCCCCGCCGCGCGCGGCCCACAGGCAGCGGAGUCGCUCGCCAGAGGCGCGGCUUCAGAGGACCCUCAACGCCGAGGGAGCUGCCGGGCUGGACCGCGCCGAGGGCGCUGGGCUGGGCGCUCGCUCACGCCUGCCGCUGCGGCCCGGGCGGCCGACGCGCGGCCAUGGGGCGCAGCGCCCCCCGCGCUCGCCGCCCGCGCCCUCGCCCGGGCUCGCCGCCGAGGUGGACAUCGAGCGGGUGGCGCCGCGGCUGUCCAGGCUGGCGCAGAACGGCGUGCGGUCCCCCACGCAGGCGCAGUACACGCGGGCGCUGAUGGAGCUCGCCGGCUGGCUUGCAGUCACGCCGCUGCCCGAGUGGACGGCCAGCACGUGGGACGAGCACUUGAGCGACUUCCCGUCGGUGCUCUUCGACCGCGGCGGCGGCCCCCACGCCGGGAAGCUCAUCAUGUCCGCGCUGUCAUGGGCUCUGCCGUCCCUCGGGCUGACCAUGCGGUCCACGUUCCCGCUGACCCGCCAGGCAGCCGCCCGGUGGGCCCGCUUGCGACCGCCCCAGUCGCGGCCACCGAUCCCCUGGCUGGUGGCAGCAGGUAUCGCCGAGUGGCUCUUUGCCUCCAGCAAGCCGCUGAUGGGCCUCCUCAUCGUCCUGCUGUUCGUCAUCUACUGUCGGCCGGGCGAGGGGCUCGCGCUGCUCGGGAGGCAGGUCGUCAGGCCGAUCGCCGGGAUGCCCGGCGCCCUGGACCAGGUCACCAUCGCCCCCCACCCAGAGGACCCCGGGGCGCCCUCCAAGACAGGCCUGGUGGACUCCUCCGCGACCCUGGACCUUCCCGAGCACCAGUGGGUACUGCGUCCAACGCCCCACGGGCAUCGUCACGGUGGAGCCAGUCACGACAAGGCGCUCGGACGGAGGUCUCUGGGCGACAUCCAGUUGCGGGGCAAGUGGAGGUCGCCCCUCAGCGUCCAGCACUACGAGAAGCACGCCAGGAUCAGCGAGCAGCUCGAGAGGCUCGACCCGCCCGCGCUGCUCGACCUCCAGUCCCGCGAGGCCCGCCCUCGAGAGGGCAAGGUCUUCUUGGAGGUGUUCGCCAGCGCAGGGCGCCUCAGCCAGGCCCCCCGCAGGCGCGGCGCCGCUGUCAUGAGCAUCGAUGCGCGGCACGGGCCGCAUCGCGACCUCAGGGAGCAGGAGGUAUUCAACCCCAUCAAGGGCUGGAUCCUCUCCGGCCUCGCGCG